AUGAACAGCUUGAAAAAUAUGUUUAGACCUACGAAACCAAUUUCUAAAAAUGUUUCAUUUAAACCCGACGAACUCAUGUCCAACAGUCAAAAAUUGAUGUUGGAACUUGGUAUCAUCAGACAAAGUGCCAACGGAUUAUACCACUUACUGCCCCUAGCUCAGCGAUCUUUAGAGAAAUUGAUUUCCAUCAUAAAUAAAAAUAUGAUGGAUAUUGGUGCYCAGAAAAUUUCUAUGCCCGUAUUGAUACACAGUAACUUGUGGAAAAAAACAGGUCGGUUAAACAAAAAUAUUGAAGAUUUAUACAUAGUGAAUGAUCGUAAAAGCAAAGAGUUCCUACUAAGUCCGACUCAUGAAGAGGUCGUUACUGAUUUAUUUAGUUCAGAUCCUAAGACUUACAAGCAGUUACCUUUGAUGUUGUAUCAAGUUGGCGCAAAAUUUAGAGAUGAGACCAGGCCUAAAUUGGGCAUAAUCAGAUCCAAAGAGUUUCUCAUGAAAGAUUUAUAUUCUUUUGAUAGAGAUCAAACAAGUGCUACAAUUACAUACAAUAAAGUUUGCCAAGCCUACGAAAAGAUAUUUAAGUGCAUAGGUGUUAAAUUCAUAAAAGUUGAAGGUGCUUCUGGAAUGAUGGGCGGAAAUCAAUCCCACGAAUUUCAUUAUCCGGCCGAAGUCGGUGACGAUACACUAUUGCAGUGUAAGAAAUGUGGAUUUGGAAUGAACAAAGAAAUGUCACCAGAGUUGGUCCAGUGCCCCAAAUGCUCUAGUACUGAUAUUGAGUUUACUAAGGCUAUUGAAGUAGGCCACACWUUUCACCUUGGUACAUUUUAUUCAAACGCCUUGUCUGCCAUGUAUUYGGAUACAGAUGGCACUAUGAAACCUCCAUAUAUGUGUAGCUAUGGUUUGGGUGUUUCCCGAAUAAUUGGUGCAUCUGUAGAAUGUUUGAGCACACAAGAAAUAAUUCAAUGGCCGCRGCCAUUGUCUCCAUUUACCGUUUGUAUAAUACCAGCCAAAGAAGGUAGUAUCGAGGAAAACGCUUCUCUGAAUAACAUACACUCCCUUUAUAAUCAUUUCACUGAAAUAUUUGGGGAUGAUAUUAUUGUUGACGAUCGAACUCAUAUGACUAUUGGCAAACGAUUGAUUGAAGCAAAGAAAUUAGGAUUUCCGUUUGUGGUCGUUAUGGGAAAGAAAAUAAAUGAGACCCCCCCUCUUUACGAACUGUAUGAAGCUAAUACAAAGAAAUCAGAACAUUAUGAACUUAGUAAUUUGAUCAAUUAUUUUAAGCAACAAUGUUUAGACAAAAUAUAAGUAUUAUUUAGUUUAAAGAUACUUAAUUACUAUAUUAAUUAGUUUUAGCAAUAACUUGUGAUAAUUGUCUAUUUAUUGUUUUCUAAUACAUAACAUUUUCAUGUUUAGUUGUUGAAUUUUUAAACAUUUUGUUUUAUUUUAUAYGUUUAUACAAUUUAAUCUAAACAUURGCACAUUGCUCUUCCAUUUUAUGUUCUAGUAUUGGAAAUAAUGAUAUUAUAUUUUAUUCAGAUCAAUUGUGAUAWGUAUGUUUUAAAACUUAAAACCAGUAACUGGUUUGUAACAAAAAUCGGUAAAAAACCAAUGAUAUGAGAACCGAAAAYCGAUAUCCAAUUUUUUGUUUUGGAAUUGUGGAAGCGAUYGUUGCUUAUCUGUAAKACUAAUYAAAAUUAAAAAAUUUCUAAAUAUUAACAUCAAAGCGGUAACAUUGUAUUGUCAAAUACGGUUUUAAAACUAAAACCUAUUUCCAACCAAAAUAAUUAACGGUUUU